AUGUCGCUCUGCCUGAAUCGCCUUCAAGAGGAGCGCAAGCAGUGGCGACGUGACCACCCCUUCGGCUUUGUCGCAAAGCCCCAGAAGACUGCGCAGGGAACUCUGGACCUGAAGCGCUGGGAGUGCGCUGUGCCCGGAAAGAAGGACACCCUGUGGGAUGGAGGUAUUUUCAAGCUGGACGUGAUCUUCCCCGAUGAAUACCCGACCAAGCCUCCCAAAUGCAAAUUCACUCCUCCGCUGUUCCACCCGAACGUCUACCCCUCCGGCACCGUCUGCCUCUCGAUCCUGAAUGAGGAGGAAGCAUGGCGCCCGGCCAUCACCAUCAAGCAGAUCCUCCUGGGAAUCCAGGACCUGCUGAAUGACCCGAACCCUGAGUCGCCUGCGCAGGCCGACGCCUACAACCUAUUCAAGAAGGAUCGCCCGGCAUAUGAGCGGCGCGUCAAGCAGGUCGUCAAGGAGAACCCGCCCAUGUAG